CAUUUGCCUGCUGCUCAAUUCUUCUGUCAAAGUGUUCUGGACAUGCAACGGAAACGUGGUCUGAGAAGACACUGAUCAAAGACUUGCUGCGCGACUAUGAAAAGCGAGCGCGCCCCGUCUCCGAUGGCGUCUCAAAGGUUGUUAAAGUUGGGAACUAUACAGCGCAACAACUCACCGUGGAAUUUGGUCUGGGACUUGUACAGAUUUUACAGCUUGAUGAGAAUGAACAAAUAUUAACUGUCAGUGUGAAGUCUCGUUAUCGUUGGCCCGAUUACCAUCUGGUUUGGAACCCGGAGGAAUAUGAAAACAUCACGCAAAUAAACAUUCCAACGAGCAAACUCUGGACGCCCGACAUUUUGCUUUACAACUAUGCAGACGAGCGACUGGAGGAGCUCCGAGAAUGUGCGGCAACCGUGACGCAUGAUGGUAUCGUGGAAUGGCAUCCUAUGGCAAUUUACAAAAGCACGUGCAAAGUGAAGAUCAAGUAUUUCCCUUACGACAGACAAAACUGCUCACUGCAGUUCUCCACCUGGGCCCAUGACAACUCUCGUGUCAAUAUUUCGUUGUACGAAAAGGGGCGUUUAAUGGAGGACUACACUCCCAGCCCAGAAUGGGACCUGAUCAAUCAUUCAGUAAAUGUCGGUGAACGUGCCUACGUCUGCUGUCCUGAACGGUGGACGGAUAUGAUUUUCAACAUCAUAAUCGAACGACAACCAGCCUACUACAACUACGUGCUGAUCUUACCCUGUUUCCUGCUCUCCUCGGUAACACUGGUACUUUUCUGGUUGCCCCCGGAAACACCCGCCAAAAUGGUUUUGGGUAUGAACAUUUUCGUUGCGUUCUUCCUUCUCCUGCUGCUUUUGGAGGACUCGAUUCCAUCUGCAUCAAGCUCAUUCCCGCUAAUUGGUAAUUAUUACUGUACGAAUAUGACUUUGGUGACGUUAUCCACGUUCCUGUGCCUUAUCGUCGUCAAUUUACACUUUCGUGGGGACAAACAAACUGACGUUCCACCCUGGCUGAGAAAGUUGGCUAUCCAACACGGCGCACGCUUUCUGCUUGUCAAUGUAACACCUCCUCCACCUCCUGGAUCGAAAAAGAGUAACACUGAACAGGAAAAACUAGGUGGCUCCUUUCUUCCCUUCAAAUCGCCGUUUGGAUUUAUUCCCACCCAAAAUAUGCCAUACAGUGAUCGAAUAUAUCCCAAUGCCAGUUUUCCACCACCAAAUCAGCUUGUCCCGUAUGGUGCGGGUGGAAAUGCUGGGGUGGGGCCGGAUCCACGUUUUUUCGCCGAUGAACAACAGGCAAGGUACUAUCCAGGCGUGUACCCACAACCGAAUUAUCUACUUCAUGAUAAUGGACGGCUACCUUAUUCACCAACGGGUGACCCAAGCAGUGCUCUUGGACCCUAUUUUAAUCCAUCAGAUCCGUAUUCUCGUUACCCUUAUCGGCGACCUACUGGAGACGAGCGGAACAGAUCAUGUGCAUUUUGUCCCGCUUGCGCUGGCUUGGCGGCUGCAGCUGCGGCCGGAGGCCUCACGGAUUCCGAAGGUCAAGAACCAGGUGACGAAGAACAGCCGCAACAAGUGCCUCUCCCUGGUAAUCCAUUUGUAGAAGAUCCGACAGAAGAUCUGGCAGCAGUUUGGACCGCUGCAAUGACUGGUUCCGUACCCAGAGGCAAACAUCCAAACGCCCCAAAUAACCCAAACUGCACAGACCCUCGUCUGCAUCAGGAAGACGGUGAAGAAAAUUUGGAUGCGAUAACCUCCGUCCGCGAUCGCUCGAUUGGACCAGAUUUGGAGGCCUUUUUACUUGAAUGCAUACGACCAAACUCAGCAAAAAAGGCAAUAGCUGCGGCAAAUACACGUUGGAAAGCAAUGCAACAACAAGGUCUGCCUCCAUCACCAUUUUAUCAGUUCACCUCCCCGAAUUGUGAAGAUGAUGAGGAUGAGGAGAGUAUCGAAAGGUGGCCUUCAGCGGGAAAUAUUGCCAGACCAGAGAUAGAUGGUCCGGUGGAUGUCAGUGACAGUGAUGAGUCUGUGGCAAAUGGCAUUUGGCGCUCCGGAUCAGGUGCUGGUGUUUUACCUGACAGCAAAAAACGACCCUCUGUAAUUUCCGAUCCCACUCUGCUCAAACGAGUACAGAGGUUAAAGCGAGAUGUUGCGGAAAUCGUUCGUUGUAUACGUUUCAUGCAGCGUCAGAAUGAGAAAAAAGAGAAGGUCAACAAACAACUUGCCGAAUGGCGCGCGGUCGGAAUGGUGUUAGAUCGGUUGUUUUUUGUUAUCUACUUAUGUGCUCUCGGAAUUUCCAUAAUGGUUUACUUCCCGAGGUCUGGUAACAAGACGGAAGAUUCUGUGUAAUGAGUAGUACACGUGUUCUGAAUUCUGUGCUCCUUCCUCCCUCCUUACAAGGAAUCUUCCGGUUAGAAUUUAGUGUCACGUGUUGCGAAUAAACAGCCCUUACUGAUCAAGGUUACUGGGACUUGUACCACAUGCCUUCAAUCAGGGGUAUCGAAUAGAAAUUUUUCCUAAGGUAUCUAUGAGGUGUUCUUCCAAACAGUUUCUCUAGUGAGCAUGUCUCUUGCCUGUUUAUUUGGAGAGAACUUUCCAAGCUGCCUAUUGUAAUGUUUCGAUAUUUUUUAACCCCACAGAAUAACCUCAUUUCCAGGAGCAGCCUCAGCUUCUUUCAGUCGGAAAAAUCUCCUUGCUGGCUGAUGUUUGUACAAAAUAGCGGUGCGAAACCCAUCUUAACUUUCAAAACUCUGGCUGUCCAUUCGUUUACACAACAACAAAAGUGAUAUACUAGAAUUCACACCCUCCGUCUCUAUCCUGAAUGCUGUUCAGUAGAAUACGUUCAGGUUAGUUACAGCCAAAAAUGAUUGCCAGUGUAGUAUAACUUAGAUAGCUGGACACACUGAGAACCCGGACUUCUAAUGCACUUGCAGUACUUUACCAGUAAUUACGACGUUUUAUAAACCAGUCCAUGAUUUCUUCAAAUCUGCUGUUUUGUUUAUUUCUGAGUGUCUUCGUGCAUAUACUUGCGUCGUAUUUUGUAUGUGGGUGAUCCUAUUAGUUGCUCAGCGUGAUUCUCGAUCUCCAUGUACAAAUUAUUGCUGGUAAAGUUUUCUUCUGAUAUUCACUUUUCUGACUCUGGGUUUUCACUGAGGCGGAGUUG